UUCCGGUAGUGUGCUCCGUCAGCGUGCACUCCAAGGAGCCUUUUUUAUUUUUUACCUCUUAUAACAGAAAAGAUGGCGAGCUGGUGCGUCCGUGCAGUCAGACAGAGCUACUCCCUCGUAGCCUCACCCGCGUUUGUACGAGCGUCACCGCGGUUGUUAUGCACAGCGACUCAGCAGAAGAGCGGAGAAGAGGAGGCAGCACCAGAGCAGAGCACAGCUGACAAAGCUCUGCUUGAGGAGAAGACCAAACUGGAGGAACAACUUAAAGACAUGACAGAGAAAUACAAGCGGGCAUUAGCAGACACAGAGAACCUCAGGACGAGGAGUCAGAAGAUGAUAGAAGAUGCUAAAUUAUAUGGUAUUCAGGGCUUCUGCAAGGACCUACUGGAGGUGGCGGACAUUUUGGAAAAAGCCACCGAGAGCGUGCCGAAGGAGGAGGUGACCGCCCAGAACCCUCACCUGAAGAACCUGUACGACGGCCUGGUGAUGACCGAAGUCCAGAUCCAGAAGGUCUUCACCAAACACGGCCUGGUCAAGCUCAACCCAGACGGACUCAAGUUCGACCCGUACGAGCACGAGGCCCUGUUCCACGCGCCGGUCGACGGCAAGGAGCCGGGCACCGUCGCCGUGGUUACCAAAGUGGGCUACAAGCUGCACGGACGCACCCUUCGGCCGGCGCUAGUGGGCGUGGCCAAGUAGUGUCAAUAGGUGUGUGAAUGGAGCUCAGCGUGGGCGAGCUCUUCUGGGUCCGACUGUUAAAGGUGGACUGUGUAACUAACUUGUGGUGAGGAAAAGCACCACUCGCUUGUCUCCGUGGAGAUGUUAUUGCUUUGGAAUGUUCCAGAGUUUGGCAUUAUACAGAUCUGUCUUGAAUUCAAUAGACUCUAAAGACCUUUUUUUCACAUCGACCCGCCUGGUAAGGUUGCAGAACUUCCUGUUAAUGGUUUUCUUUGCCAAAAUGUCUCUAGAAAUGUUUCACCUACUCUUCACCAGCUUCAUAAAUCUGCCUCCUCACCAAAUCUUCAACCACCAAGGUCAACAAAAAACAAGAAUUUAUCCACAACUAUCAAGGUAAGAAAGACGAAAACUUAAAGGCGAACAACGACGACGCAUUAGUGAACUACUCCUGAGCAAAACUAACAUUAUGGUCAUGAAUAAAACUUGUUCACUCAGACAGAUUCUAGAAUUAAAAUUAAAAAAGUAUUUCAUGAUUAAGGCUGGGUUAUCAUUAAGAAGUUACGAUACGAUACAUACUUCGACACAUGGGCACGAUACAUGUCUCGAUACAGCGCAAUUUCGAUUUGAUACGAUAUAUUUCAAAACAAUUCGAUACGGUUCAAUAAAAAAAUAAAGGCUAAAUCAUGUCUGUGACACUAAAAGUCUUUGUUAAACCAUUUUUUUGUUCAAAGUUCAUAUGAAACACAAACAUUUUAAUCAUCAAAACAGUGAAAAUGUCAAACGUGUCGCAUAAACGAGUUUCCUUCCAGUGAACAAGGAACAAAACUGCAGAGCUGGAACAAAAUAAUUUAGUAAAAUGUACCAAAAAAUACUUUUGGCGAUAUAUCAAAACAGCAGCCCACGAUAUUGAUACUGUAUCAUCAUAUUUAACGUUAUGAUAUUUCGAUAUUUUUGAAGACUUGUGCAGUUUGAAUGUUGGAGAUGUUCACAGAUUCAAACUGCACAAAUCUAUCUAUGUAUUGCUAAUAUCGGCAUCAUGAAAUCAAUUUUUAAUUUUAAUUCUAGAAUCAGUCUGAGUGAACAAGUUUUAUUCAUGACCAUAAUGUUAGUUUUGUUCAGUAGUUCACUAAUGCUUCAUUGUUGUUCGCCUUUACGUUUUCGUCUUUCUUACCUUGAUAGUUGUGGAUAAAUUCUUCAUGUUUAUCCUUUGUCGACCUUGUUGGAUGAAGAUUUGGUGAUAAGGCAGAUUUAUGAAGCUGGUGGAAAAUAUGGAAGACAUUUACACACACAUUUUGCCACAGAAAACCAUUAACCAAAAGUUCCUGUUGGUCUAUUGCAAGUGUUUUUUUAAAAAAUACCUUAACCUGCUAGCGAGGUCGCCUCUCCACAGAUCUGACUGAUUAUAUAGCCUGGUGGAGUCACCUACUUCUCUUUAUGGAAACAGAUAAAUGUAAUGCCAAACUGCAGAACAUUCCAGUCAAAAACAUACAUAGUGCACCGUUAUGUUCAUUCAUUUUUCCAGUAAGACGUUAAGAAAGAAAUGUAUAUUAAAUGUUUAAAGUUUGAUGGUGGUUCAUCAGCUUUGGGGCCAUUAAUAAAAAUAAAUUGUGCAUUUAUAUGUAACUUUGCUCUUAAGUUUCAGAUACAUACUUUGAAUUAAACUGUAUUAGUGCUGGGGCUGCACAGUGUUUCAAAAUUUAACCAAAAAUGCAAUUCUAGUUGGUGAAAAUAUUAAAUCACAAUUAUUUAGAUAACAGAAAUCUUUGCAAUCCUCGCAAAGAACAAAAUAUCUUGAUUUUUUUUAAUACAGAAAUCUUGUACGUGUUCUGAAACAUGUUUUGAAAUGCACGGGUUUGUUGUCUUCUCUCAAAUUGAAAUACUCCUGAAGUUGUUUACAGUGUUCACUCUGAACAGAAUCCUGCUUUUUGUUGUUUCCAAAGUUUUGCAGAACUCAUUUCUUUUGUCAGUUGUAGGCCUGGCUGCUGUUCAGUCAUUUUGGAACCAGUGUCUAAAAACAAUUCAUAGUUUACAUUCAUUUUUUUUUUUUUGGUGUCAUGAAAGACUUUGGAGCAAAACUGCAAAAUUAAAGUACUUAAUUUAAUUCAUCUUUCUACGUUUAGCUCAUAGUGUCUCAGGACCUAACAGACACAAGAACGUGGUUACGAAAGAAACAAAAUCAUUAAUUCAAAUUCUAUUAAAUAUCAAUAAAAAUAAUUAUUUAAAAUUGUCAUAUUAUUUAUAAUUUUUUCUGUAAGUUCUCGUUUGUCUGGCCACACUCUCUAGUAACCCCAUAUCUGAUUAACUUUUAACUUGACUCUUAAAAUAUGUUUUAUUCUGAUGUUGUAUUGGAAAAAAAUGAAUGGACACUUUACUUUGACAUUUGUAUUUCCUCCGUGGAAGAUCGAGACUAAAGUGGACUGGAAAUAACAACCUGUAACCCCAAGGUGCCUAAAGAGAAGUGGAACUGGACUCUGGACACUAUUCAACCUGUUUUAGCAAAAUACAUUUAAUUUUAUUGAUUAAAAAGUGAAUAAUAUCUGAUUUCUGUUAAUUAUCAUUCCACCCACAUUAUCUAGCCCUAUAUUCUCGUUUUAAAAGUGUAAAAAGCGUACCAUGUGAAGGUUACUAAGUGCUUAAGAAAUAAAAUAAAACAUUUAAUAAGUA